GCGGCGGCGCCGGGAGCUCGGCGGACAUGGGACACCUCUGGCACCGUCAGCCCCCCGCCAGCCCCGAGCGCGGCCCGGGGAAGGGAGGAGACGGCGCGGCGCCGCCCGGGCCCCCGCUACUCCUCCUCUUCGUCCUCCUCGCUUCCUCGAUUUCUGCUUGCAAAGGUGCACCAAUGCCAUCCCAAGCACUUGAAUCUCAUGAGGAUUUGCAGCUGUUGAAAGAGAUAGAUGAUGCAUGUUCUGCUUACCUGUCCACAGAUUCUCAGCCUCAGGUGUCCAGUACAGUGGAAGAACUUUGUUUUUUGGUCAUGGGAUUUCUCCAGAAGCCACAGGGUUUAGAUGAGAAAGACAAGACCAAAAGGUUCUUAUUUCAUUAUUCUAAGACUCAUGACCCGGGCAACUCAGACAUCAUGUCCUCUGUCCUGCAUCCUUUACUGCAACUCGUUCCUCAGCUUAAUGAGAGAAGACUGAAGAGAUACAAACUGGACGAAGAACUUCAGGGACCUGGAGCAAUUCAAAGCAGAGGUUACUUUUUCUACAGGCCACGUAAUGGAAGGAGAUCAGUGGAUUUUCGCUAAGGAGGAUUAUAGAUUCCUGACUUAGAACCAAAACUGCAGGAAUUCUGAGUACAUGGACAUACUGUUUUCCUUACAAUAAUUAUUCCUUAUUAAUGUACAAUUAGAAAUGACUUGAAUGUAAAUAUUCUCAAACCAGCUUCUGUUAAGAAGGUCUUUACUAUCUUGAUUAUAUUAAAAGCAUAUUAAAAUUAUUUGUUUCCUAGCGUUACGAUGUUUACAACCACAUACAAUUCAACUGUAAAAGAGUCAGUGUUUGCAUGCAACAGACAUGGCCUCUAAUAACCCUGUUAAGCAAAUUUUCCCUUCUAAAUAAAGGCCCUCAGCCAGAGAGUUGUUUAAUGAGAAUGUUUGCAAUCAAAAUUACUGUUUUUUUUUUUUUCCAGAAUACUUUGUGAUUUGUGUGUUUCACUGUCUGAAAAAAAAAAAAAAAAAAAGAGAGAAUCCCUUUUCCCUUAAUAAAAGGAACCUGAACAAGCUGC